AUGAUAGCCUUCGAUGAGAUCUUUGAGUUCCUACGGGAGGCUGAAAUAACAUGUGACAAUUUUAACGAACAGAAUGAAGAACAUGAAUCAAUUAUCCUCUUCCUAAAUGAGUUGAAAUCAUACAUCACCGACCUUUCCCUCUCCUUAAAGGAUAGGAUAAAUGCCCCCGACGACAUAACCGAACAGGAUAUUUUGAAAAAAAUUAUUAAUAAGAAGGAGAGCCUUGAGUGGAUCCUUCGAAGGAACAGAGACAAUUUUCUUGGAGGUGUCCACUCCGAGGGAAUCUCUUCCCCGCUCAUCUUCGGGAAAGGAACCAAUCAUGAUGACCUUAGCAGUUCCACCAAUCGUGCCAACCCCGAUGAUCGUGGUAAGGAUGGUAACUAUGAUAUCCGCGGUAACAGCGAUGUGGAUAACCCUACAGGGGAAACUCUCCCCCCUAGGGCCUCGGCACAAAUGAACAACGAAUGCGCAACUACUUCCGAGAAGGUUCCCCCUACUCAACAUGCCAUGGGAAAAAAUGUGGGAGGAAUUUCGGAUACAUGCUCAAAAGCCAACGUUGUUCAGAAGGAUCAUCAAACCCCAUCGCACAGUCUCUCGUGUGCAAAGCGGGGAUAUAAUAAAGUGGAAGAAUCGCUCUCAAAGGAAGACCAGGACGCACCAGUCCAAUCGGAGCGGAAGGAAAGUUACGAUGGAGCGGAAAGCCUAAAUGAUGAAGUACUAAAAGAAUGGAGCGAGCAAAUUGAUGAAUAUGAUAACCUACUCUAUGAAUACUCCUUUGCAUUUAAAAAAAAUGACUGGCAUAAAAAAAUGAAAUCGAGAAAAAAUAUGAACAAGUCAGGUGAAAAUAUCGAUGAAGAGUUGUGCCUACUGGCACAGGAAAUGAAAGAAAACGUUUUAACGUAUAGGGAUAUAAUUGUGGAGGACAACAUGAUGCUUGAGCAGUCGGCAAACAAACAACGAUCAAACCUAGACAAUAUAACUGAUGUGUAUAAGAAGACGAAGAAAAUGGGAGAGAGUAAAAAUAUUUCCUUCUUCGUGUCCUUGCUCAUAAUUGCCGCUUCGGCCCUUUUGUGCGUGCUCACCUUUUUUGUCAUCCUGAUUUUGUAG